AUGGUGUCUCCUCAAAUUACCAACCUGGCCAUCAUCUUGGUGAUGAUGCAGCUGUCCAAGAAGGUUCCCUUCGAUAACCCCGAUGUUCUGAUGGGCGUCCGUGCUCUGUACAUCUUGUCCAACGUCCUCAUUGUGGGUAUCUACCUAUGGACACAGGCCAAGAUCAACAGCAAAAAGGACAUGACGACCCUGAAGUACGUCGAGCCCGCCCCCAUGGGCGCCGGCGAGGAGGCCAAGCCCGUGACCACCACCAACAUGGACUACGAUAAGGGACAGCUUCGCCAGCUGUUCCGCAGCCAGCUGAUGGGUGUUGGCAUGAUGGGUGUGAUGCACCUGUACAUGCAGUACACCAACCCUCUCCUCAUCCAGUCGAUCAUCCCCCUCAAGGGUGCCAUCGAGUCCAACCUGGUCAAAAUCCACAUCUUCGGCCAGCCCGCUACCGGUGACCUCGCCCGUCCCUUCAAGGCUGGCGGUGGCUUCAUGUCCCAAGGUGCGCCCAAGAGCGACAAGGCCUCCAUCGAGGCUGCCGAGAAGAACUACCGCGGCGGUGUCAAGGAGGAGUAA